AACACGACGAAAAUGACAAGCCACGGACAGAAAUUCAAGAAGAACUAAAAGACAUAGAAAAUGACUUCGCCCAGUUAAAGAACCAAGUGCAUCGAGAACGAAUCCAAGAGCUUGAUAAAGAAAUUGAAUCAAUAAAUCAAGGAAUUCAUCCGGAGCAAAUAUUGCGUAUGGAAGAAAUUGAUAAAAAACGCCUAAGACGUUUGGAGAUCACAGCCUUACGGAAGAAAUAUCAGGAAUUACAUUGCCAAAAGCAACACGAUGAAGCUAGGUAUAGGGCCGAUUAUCAAUUUAUGGCAGACAUUCGAGUAUUACGAAAGCAGAUAUUGGAAGAUUUGGAAAGACAAAAAUAUAGAUUG